AUUGAACCCACCACUCCAAGCUAAUCCCCUUUUAAAACCCUAGAGUCGCAACCAAAACUCUUUCCGUGCCUCCAAACCCUACUACUGACCUGAAAGCUGCGAGCACCCGCCUCCUUCGACCCCCUCCUCAUCGCUAUGGCACCCAAGAAGGAAAAGGCUCCCCCACCGUCCUCAAAGCCCGCGAAGUCAGGCGGAGGCAAGCAGAAGAAGAAGAAGUGGAGCAAGGGAAAGCAAAAGGAGAAGGUCAACAACAUGGUCUUGUUCGAUCAGGCCACUUAUGACAAGCUCCUCUCCGAAGCUCCCAAGUUCAAGCUCAUCACUCCUUCUAUCUUGUCUGACAGGCUCAGAAUUAAUGGAUCAUUGGCACGCCGCGCCAUUAAGGAUUUGAUGGCUAGGGGUUCUAUCAGGAUGAUUUCUGCUCAUGCUAGUCAGCAGAUUUACACCAGAGCCACCAAUACCUAAGAAGCUUUUUGUCUAGGCCAUGGGAGGCACUAUUUUUCACUUCUGCUUAAUAUUUGUCAUGUAGGGAAACUAUUGACCUUAUCAGCUAUAUUAUGCAUUGUCCAAGUUUAUAUGACCAAGCAUUUAUAA